UCCCGAUGUACACACGCAUAUGAAGCGACCUUUUAUUGUGACGGUCUCAGAGCGGAUGUGUGGUUGUCAUGGUUUCGUCAGUCCUCGCCGGUUGAACCGGGGAAGGUUUCAGUGACAGUCAGAUCGUGGAAGAGUCGACAUGGCCGCGUACAGCAGGACGAUCCUGCUCGCCACCAGGGUCCUGUGCAGCAGCGGAGGAGCUAUGCAGCUGCUGCAGCUGCGUGAGCAGCUGCUGGAGACGUGCGACAUCACCGAACAAGAGUUUUUCCUCAUCACGCAGGAGUGUUCCCGCUUCCUGGUCCUCGGCCUAACGGUUGUGGCUCAAACGUCCCUGCGGUUGUGCAGGAGCUACGGCCGGGAGGAGCCGGGCGAGGCCGGGGCGUGCCAGGACCUGCACCUCUGCAAGUUCUUCAUCUACGGAAACUGCAAGUUCGGCAAGGGCAGGAAACUGUGUAAAUUCUCCCACGACAUCCAAUCACAUCACAACUGGCGAGUACUGAGAGACUGCACGCUGCACGAGCUGGAUGAAGAUGACCUGUUCCUGCUGCUGCUGCAGAACGACCCCACUCUUCUACCGGAGGUGUGUUCACACUAUAACAGAGGCUCAGGUCCUUACGGCUGCUGCACCUUCAAGAGCACCUGCACCAAAGUCCACUUGUGUCAGCACUUUGUUCAGGGCGACUGUAUGUUCGGACACAAGUGUAAACGACAACAUGCCAUCGACGAACACGGCCGCCGUGUGCUGGAGGAGCGAGGACUGAGUGGAGACAUCAUCCACCGUCUGCCCUUUGUCUACAGGAAUAAACACUACCUCACUGCGGCCACAGCCUCCACACUCACAGAGAAAAGUCCAGAUUUUUCAACUAAACCUGCUGUUCAUUUGGACGAGACGGACAUCCUUUGUCUGCACUUCAUCAGAAACAGCUGCAAGUUCCGCAACGAGUGCCACCAAGUUCACUUCCACCUGCCCUACAAGUGGGAGGUGCUUGUUGACGAGACCUGGGUGAAGUUGCAGCACAUGGAGGAUAUUGAGCGGGAUUUCUGUGACCCGUCUAAGUCACAGAGCUCUGGUGAUCGACCCGUUGACUUCUUGACAAUGACUUGGGAGUUGCGGCAUGUUCGCCGUCUCUCCACAGUUUCCUCAGUAAGAAAGCCACCUCACUACAUGCUGACGACAGAAUGGCUGUGGUAUUACAAGGUGGAUCAGGAGAAGUGGAUAGAGUAUGGACAGCCGGAUGACAGACAGCGCACCACAUCAGUGACAUCCAGGAUUCUGGAGGAGAGGUUUCUAGCUGACAGAACAGCUGAUGUCAAAGUGGUGAAAGGCAAGAGGGAGUACAUCAUCAGCUUCAAAGAUAUGUACCAGAGGAACCUCAACAACAACACCAAGAGGAAAGUCCAGCGUCGUCCUCGCUUUGUCUCCGUGGCCCAGGUGGAGAAACAGGCCUCAAAAGAAAAGCCAUGAACUGUUGUGGUCCUGUCUGACUUGACUGGACCUGAGUGAAUGUUUUAUCGUUUUUUUUUUUACUCAUCACUCCACUGUUUGCUCCUUGGACUUUAACUGUUUCUAUAAAAAUGCUUCUGACAUGGACCAGCCUGUUACUGUAGACCUGAUGGGUUUUAAGUAAGAGACCUUAGUUUUUAUACAGACUGUAGUUUACAGUGCCUUGCGAAAGUAUUCGGCCCCCUUGAACUUUGCGACCUUUUGCCACAUUUCAGGCU